AUGAAUUUCGUGAUUGGUAUGUCUUGUACUUUGCAGGCUUUCUUGAAGCGAACAAGACAGAAUGGGCAAAUUUUAAAAUACGAUGUGCAUUACAAAGAAUCCUGAGUGGGUGCGGUGGAUUUAGCACUUAAAGUUGACCAAAAUAGGCUGUUUCAAAGUAAAUAUACACGCCAAGUUAAAGUGCGUCCAGUGUUGAACUAUCAAUGUAUAGAAGUACUUUUAUCUGCUGCACAUCCUUCCAUCCUAAGAAUUAUGAUAAAAUUUGUGGAAGGAGGGAUUCAUCUAGUUUAUUUUCCCAAAUAAAUAAAAUAAACAUUUGGGAUUUUAUUUGUAGUAAAUUACAUAUAAACGGACAGCAUUUUCUUGUUUAUGCGUAGGUUUUGCCCAAGAAGAGGAUCUGCCAUUAUCAGACGGACUGGGAGAUAACGUUGUCACCUCAUUGGACUCAUGCACAUGGGUGCGCGUGAGCCUUCCAGAGCAGCUUACGGUAGUGCAUUCAUGAAUAUGUGUUAGGAAUGAAGUAUCAUUAAUUUGAAUAUGUGUUUAAUCCACUUAUGGAUCAUUUUAAUAAGUAACUAAAACCACAAUUUACUUUACGAUGCAUACUAAUAAAUUAUCGGGUAGCACAAAUUAUGAAAGCCUUUUUCUCAGAUUGGUUUUCAGUAAAUGUGACUAAUUAUAAAAAUUGCUAUCUAUAUUUUAAGGAUAUUUAAAAAUUCAAAUGAUAUUGCUAGAUAAUGCACAAAGGGAUUUUUGACGUUGCUUUGCUCUGCUACAUUUCCGGGGCAGUGGAUUCGAUCUGUAUUUGCCCUCGAUGGAAUAAUAUACUUUUUUCUAGGACAUACACUUGAAUAACCUUCAUCUUCCCUGCAAUAAUGUGUCAUGCAAGGCCACAGUCAAUGAGUCAAUUACAGUUAACUACUCCCAGGCAAACGGUAUGCGGUUUGUUCUAUGAUUAUUUUUAUUUCUAACCUUAACAAGAAUAUGAUUUUUCCCGUUAUACCAUUUACAAAAUGAUAAAGAACGUUAAACAAAAAACCGAAUAAAACACAUCGCAUGAAUAUGCUGGAAAAAAGCCAUUCAUGCAUGCAACAAAAAGCACAAGAUAUUAGCCAAAAGAGAAUCGAUCAGAUUUGCGGAGAAUGGGCUCGAAAUCAUAGUAAAGCGAUUUGGACCACGGGAUUCAGUUGUUUUUCGAAAUUUGAUUUUUGACUUCUCAUUGCCAAGACCUCUACGUAACACGAGCAGACAACUGUCCUCGCGUUUGGGCGGAUCUUAAAUGUAAGUAUCUGAAGACUGGCAGGCGCCUUAUGCGUGGGCCGAUUAAAAAAUGUUACGGUCUUCAAAUGUCUGUCUUGUGUUGAUCGGUGAACCAUUAUUAAAUGGUUUUGCCUUCAACCGUACAUGAACCCCAUAAGCAAACUUUCUUUACUUUGUUUAGUUGAGUUGGUAUUUGUAAUGCCCAGGUGAAAAAAACCUUUGUCAAUGUACGUUUGUGCCAACUGGAUGUGAUCUCAUAGAUUCCUAUAGACCUUUUCUCUCCGUUUUACACUAAAUGCUUACCAGUCAUUUUAAAACAAACAUUUUGGCCAAGUUUAAUUUCCUGGGUGGUCACACACAAAAUAUUUCUUUCUGAUAUAAUUAUACAGACGCAAUUUGGGGUGCAUUCUUCUCAAAACUCCCCAUAAUACUAAAGAUAGCCUCUUCUCAUAACGGAACCUAUGCGUAGGAGCAUCCAAUGAACCAAACCUAUGAUUUCAUUUGUUCAUAGAAGGAAAAUGAACUCCUCGACGUAGCUUCUAUAUGGCACUGACCACCAGCUGGCAAUGUCACAUACAUACAAGUCUUGUAUGCUGAAUACCACCUAAUACGGAUGCUCCGACAUGCUUCGUCCUUUAUUUCGGCAUGAAAUUGUCCACAAAGUCUUGCCUGCAAAAGCACCAUCGAACAGUUCAUUUAAAUGUCAUUGGCCGUCGUUAGUAAAUGGCUAACGUAUCUCGGUGUCAGCUUUAUCUCAGACGAAGAUUCAGACGUGUCCUCAAGCACUAUGUUGACUGCUUCACGAAAGAACAUAGGUGAAUAGUGAUCUUAAGACCACCAAAAUCAUUCUCUUAUUAGUUAACCAUUCCUCAGAAAACCGUAGUAAUUUCAGUGGUAGAGCAAUUAUAUGUGUGUCCACCAACGCCAAAAUGUAGGCAUAUGCAUGACUUUGGAUAUGGCAUUUCUCUUGAGUCUAGUAGCAUAAUUUCCGAUGGUUAGCACUUUUUGUCACGCCACUGUACAGCCCUCUGUUCCUUCUCAGCAUCUGGUUUACGGCGAUAUUUCCUAAAAUCGUAGAGCAAUGACUGCAUACUGUUUGAACCAUUAUGGUUUGACAUGAUUUGAGAUAGACUUCAUUUAAACUCCUUAUUUUAACAUGCAGAUGUAAUUUCGCGAAGCAUGCGCGCAUACAUCAUUGCACAGUCAGUGUAUGGUGCUGCUUAUCGGAGGGCGUCUUCUACUUAGUUCAAUUAGAAUUACAUUAGAUUCAUGUGCUACGAACGCCUGAGAAGCAACCUAAUAGACUAAAACUUGCAAUUGACAAUGUAUUUGUCUGAGAAAUCUUUCGAUUCUGUCGAAUUUUAGAUGGAAAAAACUAUGAAGUGCAAGCUCAGAUCUGUAAACCUGAGGAAUACUUUCGAAUCGGAUGGCAGGUAAAGCAGUUUAAUCGCUCGGGACGAACAACACUCCUUACACAAUUCAUUGUACCCGAGAACAACUGGUCAAUAAACAAUAUAUGUAAGUGCUAUUUUGAUAAUGUAGAAAAUAAAUCAUUCCCUUCCCAAAGUAUGUUAGACAAGAAGUGUUUCCUGUUUUAGGUUGUAUUCAACCGCAAUAUUCUAUACCACUGAUUCGAACUAUCAAUGAAAGUUCCCAAACAAUGGUGACAUGCGCAAUUCGGAAAUCAUUGUGCAAUACAAGCGAAAGUGUGAGCUGCAGUUAAUGAUCCUUGCACUUGCCAAAUAAUCAAAAAGAAAUAUUCCUAUGAGUUUUUUGUGUUUGAAUAGAGUCUUGUGUUCAUACAACGAGACCAUAAAACAUGCAGUAAAUGAUUUAUCAGCGGAUUUUUUUACUAUAUUUUACAAAUAAAUCCAUUUACUGAUCACCUGUAGUAGGCAGAGCUUAGGUAACACUCGGAAUUAACUUUCAGUGA